AUGGAACACAGUCAGGAUCUAUUCAUGAUUCUUGCAACACUUGCUGACGGUAUGCUCAGCCUUGUGCUUGUAGCAUGCAUUCUUAUNAGAGAACAUGAAAGCUAUUAUUCGGCGGUGGACACCGAUUCAGAGAAAUCAUUGCUGUACUGCGCCAACGCGCAGUUUCUAGACGCGUUCCUCAAGCGUGUUCCGGAGUUGAGUGAACCUUAUAUUCCAACAAGGUUCUGGGGUUUCAGCGGACAUAUUCAAACUAUCAUUCAGGGUGUAAUCUCCCGUCUGCACUGCCCCCUGGUGAACGGGUACAGGGUGUUCUUGAAAUUGACCGACGGGGCGACGGUUAGCUAUGAUCUCUACCAGAGUCUGGAGGAACAUCCCGAAGGCGGAGACUUUACACUCGCUAUAUGCCCAGGGAUCGGGAACAAUAGUGAAUCCGUUUAUAUUAGGAGAACUGUUUACAACGCCCAGAAGCAUGGGUACAGGGUUGCUGUACUGAAUCAUAUUGGAACUCUACCCACCGUUCCAGUUACUAGCCCCAGGAUUUUCAAUUACGGGGCCACCUGCGACUAUUCUGCUAUGAUCAAGGACAUUGUUCGAAGGUACCGGACUACAAGGAUUAUAGUGCUAGGGUUCUCUAUGGGAGGAAACCUUGUGACUAAAUAUAUUGGAGAGCCAAGGAUCAAACCUUCCAACGUAAUUGCUGGUAUUUCUGUUUGCCAGGGAUACGAUGCAAACAGGGCUAUGCAUCUGCUGUUAGAAUGGAAAGGAUUCCGUCGUCUUUAUAUCUACGCCAUGACGGAGAACAUGAAAGCUAUUAUUCGGCGGUGGACACCCGCUCUUUUUAGCGAUGAUAUUAAGCGCAAACUCGGAGUCACAGAAAGACAGGUCUUUAAUUCUGGAACCUUACAGGAGUUAGAUGAUAUUUACACUAGGAAACUUGCAGGGUUUAAUACAGUUCAUGAUUUUUACAAAGCCAUGAGCUGCUGUCACCACCUGAAGAAUAUUAAGAUACCCAUGGUGUUCAUGAACUCACUAGAUGACCCCAUAGUUCCCCCUCCUCUCCUAGAGGUCAUCAGAGACGCAACGUUGAACAACGACAAUCUUAUCUACGUUGAACAAAAGUUCGGCGGCCAUCUUGGAUUUUACGAGGGUGGGUUCAUGUACUCGAACCCGCUAACCUGGCAGGACCGGAUGAUUGUUAAGAUUGGUCAUGCACUGGUGGCCGGGCAUGCUUCUAAAACUACAAAGCCGGACUUUGAGGAGGAAGUAAAUUUCAAAGCAAGUCUUUAUCUUAACCAGUCUUCUUUAAGUUCUGAAAGUGAGAAGGAUGAAGAGUUCGAGGCCAAGAGUGAAGGUCGUCUUGAAUGCGGAGGCCGGGUCGGAGGACUGGUGACUGCCCAAGCUAAGAGUGAGAAUCACUCUGCACAAAGGAUUCCCUAUUUUGAAACCCCAGUCACAAGUGAGGAAAACAGCAGUGCUGUUGACAGUGACAGCUGGAUUACUUCGGAUGAAGAAAGUGAUUCCUUUCCUCCCUCUCUCACCCCCCCCCCUACACCUCAUACAUCAUACGUCUGGUCUGGAACCAAUAGGAGGUUUUUAACAGAUUUCUUAAUAGUUCCUGAUACAUCCCCCUCCUUAAUACACAUUACACAACCAUUCUAAAACACUUAGCCUCAGGGUUUAUUAAAACUAUAUAUUAAUUGAUUAUUUGUAUUUGCUCAGGAUGAGAUCUGUUGGUCUGAAUCUGUUUCCUGAGUAAGUUCAGAUUUAGAAGAAUCCUGACUGACAGAUAAAUCUCGGAAUCGGAUUUCUACUUGUGAAAAAAUGGGUGAAACAGAAUACAGUCUCCAGUCUCCACCGAACCAAUGCUACAAUUACAGAUGCCAUAUUUAUUAGUUGUAAUGCUUAAAGGUCACAGAAUUAUGAAUAUUUCGACAAAUUCGACUUUAUCUGUUAAUUAAGUAACAUAGUUUAUGUCUUGUUUCAUGUGUUGUGACAAGUAUGAAUUUUCUCCUAGUUUUCAAAUGUUUUUGAAAAUAUAAUAUAAUUGUUAGAUUUAAAGAACCCACUGUUUUUGAGCACUUCAUUUGUACUCAAAUAACGAUAUCCAUUUAUAAUAAAGUACUUAAUGGGC